GCCUCCUAGGAGGGCUGGAAGGUUAGCACGUUUUUGCUGUCCUAGAGUGGAGUAGAAGGUCUGGGAGCUUUGGGAGGAGAAGGGGAGGACAGACGGGAGGCGUGUUCCUCUGGAGUUUUCUUUUUCUUGAGAGCUCUCGCGCGCGCGCGCGUACAGUCAUCUCUGGUCUGGCGAUUGUGGACAGAAGGUGGAGAGGCUCCAUCCCACCCGGGGGCCGGAGGCUGGAGGCUCGGGGAGACCUCCCAGGAGAAGCCGUGCCCAGGAAGUCUUCCCAAGCGGAGGCAGCUGUGCGGCCGGGGCCGCCGCCUAGCCGGAGCCGGGACCCACGCCACCGCCCUCGCUGGCUCCGCUUCCUCUCGUCCAGGCGCCGCGCGCGCACCGAGCAGCUGUCUGCGCCCGCCGAGCUCCACGGUGAAAAAAAAAAAAGUGAGGGUGUAAAAGCAACACAAUAAGAGACAUUUCCUCGAAUUUGCAUCAAGAUGGAAACCUUUUGCCUCAGGGUGUCCUUUUGGUUGGCGCUAGUUGGAUGUGUGAUCAGUGAUAAUCCUGAGAGCUACAGCACGAAUCUGAGCACUCCUGGGGACGAUUUCACCACUUUCAGUGGUACAGAGCUCAGCUUCCUGGUUACCACUCAUCGACCCACUAAUUUGGCUCUCCCCAGCAAUGGUUCAAUGCACAACUAUUGCCCGCAGCAGACUAAGAUUACUUCAGCUUUCAAAUACAUUAACACUGUGAUAUCUUGUACUAUUUUCAUCGUGGGAAUGGUGGGGAAUGCAACCCUGCUCAGGAUCAUUUACCAGAACAAGUGUAUGAGGAAUGGCCCCAACGCGCUGAUAGCCAGCCUUGCCCUUGGAGACCUUAUCUAUGUGGUCAUUGAUCUCCCUAUCAAUGUAUUUAAGCUGCUGGCUGGGCGCUGGCCUUUUGAUCACAAUGACUUCGGCGUCUUUCUUUGCAAGCUGUUCCCCUUUUUGCAGAAGUCCUCGGUGGGGAUCACCGUCCUCAAUCUCUGUGCUCUCAGCGUUGACAGGUACAGAGCAGUUGCCUCCUGGAGUCGUGUUCAGGGAAUUGGGAUUCCCUUGAUCACUGCCAUUGAGAUUGUCUCCAUCUGGAUCCUUUCUUUCAUCCUGGCCAUCCCUGAAGCAAUCGGCUUCGUCAUGGUGCCCUUUGAAUACAAGGGUGAACAGCACAAAACCUGUAUGCUCAAUGCCACAUCAGAUUUCAUGGAAUUCUACCAAAAUGUAAAGGACUGGUGGCUCUUCGGGUUCUAUUUCUGCAUGCCCUUGGUGUGCACCGCCAUCUUCUACACCCUCAUGACUUGUGAGAUGUUAAACAGAAGGAAUGGCAGCUUGAGAAUUGCCCUCAGUGAACAUCUUAAACAGCGUCGAGAAGUGGCAAAAACAGUUUUCUGCUUGGUUGUAAUUUUUGCUCUUUGCUGGUUCCCUCUUCAUUUAAGCCGUAUUUUGAAGAAAACCGUGUAUAAUGAGAUGGACAAGAACCGAUGUGAAUUACUUAGUUUCUUGCUGCUCAUGGAUUACAUUGGUAUUAACUUGGCAACCAUGAAUUCAUGUAUAAACCCAAUAGCCCUAUAUUUUGUGAGCAAGAAAUUUAAAAAUUGUUUCCAGUCUUGCCUCUGCUGCUGCUGUUACCAGUCCAAAAGUCUGAUGACCUCGGUCCCCAUGAAUGGAACAAGCAUCCAGUGGAAGAACCAUGAACAAAACAACCACAACACAGACAGGAGCAGCCAUAAGGACAGUAUAAACUAAACAUCUUAAGAAACAUUAAUCAAUAUUCCUUCAAAUCCUAUUGGAAAAGAAAAUCACACAGCAACUGUGUCUCCAGAAAUCUCUUCUCCAAUCCUUCUCCCGUGACUCAGUCCCACCCCCUGAAAAAUGCUUUCCAAAACAUUGGAGGGUGGACUGGUUUAUACCCACAAAUUCAAUGAAUAUUACUUCUUUAAUUUAUCUAAUUUACAUAUUCUUCAUGUUAUAUUCAGCACUAAAAAAUAGUGGGAGUUGGCAAGGGGAAAAGAGACUGUUCAAUUAAACCAGGAGAAUAUUUACUAUUUUUGCAUGAAAAUAGAGUUUUUGAGGACAUGACUAGCUUUCAUGGCAGUUCUGUCGAGUGUUCACUGAGAACUGGUCACCAUGAGAGUUUAGAGAUUUAUGACAAGGUUUUCUAUUUUUUUAAGUGAUUUUUUUUUUUUUUUGGCCAAACCCAGUAUGAGUUUGUCACCUUUAUUUGAAAUGUCAUUUGGUGCCAGUAUUUUUUAACUACAUAGUGGCCUAAAAAUGAUUAUUUGGGCUUAUUUAUACAUAUUUUGCAAAAGAAAAAAAAAAGAAGUAAAACAGAAUUCAGGUAAGCAAUUAGGUUAAUGUUUCUCAUGUCACUGUUUUAUUUUUAAAACAUGAAUUCUCAAGCUACAACACAUACAAGCACUUAAAGCAGAGACUGAUACUCACAGAUGGCAGUUUAAUAGCUGCUAUUCAAAGAAUUUUUAAGAAACUAUAUUUUCUUUUUUAAUGGUGUUUCAUCACAGGAGAUCUUCAGCAUAUUUUUAUGUUAAAUUUAAAAAUAAUGCUUGAGUCAAAUAGUUCUAUUUUUCAUGAGCCCAAUCUUUUUUUAAUGUAAGUAUCUUAUGUAAAAUCAGUAUCAUGUACCAAAAUUUAAAUGUAUGUGUCAUUCAACAAUGCCCAAGACUGUCAGUGCAAAUGCAUAGAAGGCUGAAACACAUCUAGGAGAAAAGGAUUGAAUAUUUUUAAAAGAAUUGGAAAUUUUCGUUGAGUUUUUUUUUUAAUAGUAGCAUGUAUAUGUGUGUAUAUGUAUAUAUAUGUACAUAUGCAUAUAUGGGUAUAUAUGUACACAUAUAUAUACAUUAUACAUAUCACCUAUAGUCUCUUGAUUUCUCUUAAAAUGUUAACUGGCAGUAAGAUUUUUUUGGUCAUUCUCUUUUCCAUAUGGGAAACAUAAUUUCAAAGUGGCCAGCUGAGUUUGUCAUGUCAGUGAAAUAUAAUUACCCCCAAAUGCCACCAUGAACUUAUGGUUCUUCACUUCUCUGGGUUUCCAGUAUGAACCUAAACACCUCCCCCACCCCACUCCUCACAUGGUCACCAUUUCAAAGGGCCCAAAGUGACUUUUGCUGGGCAUUUUCCAAGAUGUUUACAGACUGUGAGUAUAGCAUAAAAUCUUUUACUGUGUGUAUAUAAAUAUAUAUAAACAACUGUACAUUUCUUUUAGCCAAUUUUUCUGUGAUUGUCUCUGUGGAAUGUAUUUGUGUGUGUGACAUAUGCACAUGUGUGAUGGUGUGGAUGGACUUUAUGUCAUCUAAUAAUAAUGCCCUGUAGUUGCGCCAAAGCACACACUCUGAGUGGAAUCUAGGUGGUUGUUCAUCACGACAACUGGCCUCAGUCAGUUUUAAUCUGUCUGUGUUCAUAAAUCUUGUGACCAUGUUACUAUUACAAAUGGAAUAUGGCAGGCAGCACGCAAGGGGACGAGCCAUGGAUUAACAAUAGAGAUUUGUUUGGUUGGUUGGUUUGAUGAGGCAGUAAUUUGCGCUUUUAUUUUUUCCUGUACUGGAGCAAAAGUCCUUAAAGUAUUAUAUUGCCCCAGUCCUCAACUCAACAUGGUGAUGAGAUUGACAGGUGGUCUGAUGUUUCUAUCAGACUUCAUCAGACAGAUUGCUGAUGAUAAAUUAGCUAAGCUGAUUUGUUGGACUGUAUUUUAGCACAGUCACAUAUAAAAUAAUAUCAGGUUCCACUUGAUCCAAUUGCAGGGCUCCUUUCUGUGUCAGCAGUCAAAUUCCAUUAGUCCACUGGUACAUUACAUGCAGUGAUAUAUACCUGUAAUAUAAGCCAUAAGUCCACACCAUUUUGUUUUAGACAGUUGUCUUUUUUUUAAGAUGCUUUGUCUCUUGCAUAUGGAAAAUGCAUUUUAUAAAUUCAAAAAGUCAUAGAUUUCUGAAUAACCACACAGGCUUCGAUGUACAUUUUGUUAUGGACCAGUAAGUAACUGUGGUUUACUAGUAGGAAUAUUUUCAGUUUCUACCUUUAUCACGUAUUUCCAAGUAAAUCUGUAGAAAUGAGCCAGAAGCCAAGGCCCUGCAUUGGUAGUGGCCCAUAAGUAUAAAAUAAAAGUUUACAGAAGCCUU